AUGGCACAUCUGAGGGACAGCCACGAGGAAAACCUCUUGAAAACUUCCUCAUGUAGUGCGCCUCGAUUGUGUGGCUUGGCUCUAGUGACGCAAACCUUCAUCUCCUUGUGCAACUCUGGAUCGUCUGCACUGAGGGUCUCUUGAUCUAUGUCUACUUCGGGAGUGCUAGAUGCAGUGUUCCCUAAGAACUAGGGGCCACUUAGCCAAUCCAACUCAGUGAGAUCUUUUGCCUUUAGGCCUUGAGUAGCCAGAUUGGCAGGAUUGCUGGAACUCUCCACGUACCCUGAUUAGUCAGGUGUCAAGAUUUUUCCGAUAAACUCCAUGCAAUUUGCCACGUAGACAUAGAAUCUUCUGCUCUUGUUACCGAUGUAACCUAAGACGACCCUAGUAUCCAUGUUGAAGGUCACUUCAGAUGCCAUCAUGUUUAACUCCUUCAAUAUUUUCUCAACGGCUUGGACUGCCAAUACAGCUCUGCAGAGUUUGAGUCGAAGGAUGCUGACAGCAUUUAUUGGAGCUACUUUAACCUGACCAAAGACAAGUGAUAUGGCUACUUCAUUAUUGGCAUCAAACAGGCAGAGGUAGACUGCUGCUCCGAUUGAUCAUUGGCUGGCACCUGGAAAGGCAUGGAUCUCGGCCCUGGUGACUGAUCCAAAUUCAGAAAAUUCAAAUGGUAGCAAUGACACGUGGAGGCUUUCUCCAAAUCCAAUAGUGCAUUCGUCCGGCACUGCCAUCUGUCUGCGUAUUUUUCCCGAAAAGGGUCAUCCCACCCAAGAAGCUCAGUGCUAGCUGUCUUCUCGCUCAUGGCGACUAGUUCUUGUAGUAGUAGUCUGCCCUAUAGCAAGACUGGUGCAGUACAACCCAAGGGGUUAUAUAUUGAGUUCACCGACGAAAGGACUCUGCGUCAGGUGAAGGUUGGUCACCGAUACCUUGUAAAUGAAUACCAGUAUGCCUCUCUCCAGGUCCCAGAACACACCAAUUGAACACUGUGCUGGGAGCUCGUCAUUAUGCAGAUCUUGCCUGCAAAUUUCCUUAGUUGGAUCUUCUGUGGGAAAGCUUGCAUUACUGACACGGCAUUCAACACCACUUUGUGGAGUCUAAGGUUUGCUGUAGCAAGGGUAGCUUGUGUCUCUCACUAGCUUGAUAGUUUCUAUUGCAGUCGGUCUUGAAACAAGGCCGUCGUCUACGCAGAAGUUUCUUUUAACAAAUUCUUUAACUGCCGGAUCGAGCUCCUCACCGUUUUUGACUGUCCUCCUAAAGCCAUAGGUGGCUACCGCGGGACUAGGUCCAUUACCGAACAGGUGAACAGUCAUCGUAUACUCUAUGAUGUUCUGUGAAGGGUCGUUGUCCUUGCACCAUAAGAAGCGUAGGAAGUUCCUGUGUUUUGGGCUUAUGAGAAAAGAAUAUAACAUCUGUUCCACGUCGCACAUAGCUGCGAUGUCUUCAGGGUGAAAAUGCGAUAAUACUCCGAUUUAACUGUUCAUGAAGUCUGGGCCUGUGAGCACUUUUCAGUUGAGGGAUACGCCUUCAUACUCAGCUGAGGAGUUGAAAACCACUUGGUCUGGCUUUUUCGGAUGAUACACUCCAAAAAGCGGAAGAUACCAUACGUUUCCACAGCCUUCAUGUGAAGUCGACGUAAUCCUUCUACAUCUGCAGUUUGCAUUGCAAGGUUCUUAGUAGGUUAUUCAGGCGUUUAACUGCAUAACUCCUGUUGUUUGACAUGAACACGUUCUGCAAGCAGAAUGGUAGGGGCAUUUCCCAGUUUCCUUGUGCGUUCUUAUUAGUGCUGUUUUCCAUCAUUUCGAUGAAUUUUCGGUCCUCAACCUUCGUCAAUACUUUUAAGGUGGGGAUACUGCAUCGCGACUUUGGGAGUUGGUAUUUCCUCUUUAUCCCACGGGACGCCAUCGCUUUCUCUCUCUUUGGUUCCUUUCUCCUUUUUCUCCUCUUUUGUUAAGUGCAAGAGGUCUGAAUGACACUCGCUUCUGCAAAUACUGCACUGGACACUCUCCUUGCAAACGCUGGCCAUAUGAUCCUGUGAGAGGCAGCGGAAACAUUACCUCCCUUCGUAAAUCCAGUCUUCUCUCUCUCCGACAGCCAUCUUCGUUGUCCCAGCUGAAAACAGGCAGAAAACCUUUUUUGGAUGCGACAGAGCUUAAAGCAGCUAAUUUCAGCGGCAAACGAGCGAAAAACGUUUUCCAGUGAGAUAAAUCUAAACGAGAAGUAAUUUAAUGGUUCACCUGGUUUAACAGUCAAACUAAGGUCAAUAAAAUUGCAGAAUCUAUCUCAGUUGGUUGGAGUAUUUUAAACGGUCAAAGCAGCCAAGACAGUCAAACUGCACAGAUUGUAAAAUCUUUGUUAAUUGGUUGAAGUAGCUCAAGUGAUCAAAGUGGCUUAAAUGGUUCAAUUGCACAAAAUGCGUAACUAGCUUAAAUGGUUCCUUUACACAAAAAAGCAGCAUCUAGCUUAAUUGGUUGAGGUAGUUAAGAUAAUCAAACUAGCAAAAACAGUAAAAAAGUUCACAAAUUGAACUAUCUGAAAUGGUUGAUGCUGGUCAAAUGCUCAAACUAGGUUAAUGUGUUCAACCGGACGAAAGACAUAACUACCUUGAUAGGAUCAACUGCACGAACUGCACAAUCAAGCUUAUCCCCCAUCAGAAUAUGCUUAAUGCAGGCCAGAUUAAUAAACUAGGAGAAGAUAUUAGGUUAGGAAGUCCUCUUAUUAUCAAAGCAACAAUGAAACAAAGUGGCAGGUUCCUUGGUACACUGCUUUCAAGUAUCGGUGUGCCAGUGUUAUUAAAAGCAUUAACUGGUAAUUAUAUUCAGGCUUAUAGCAGAUAUCAACCGCCACCACCUCUUCCACCACCAAAAUCAGAUGGUAGUGGCAUGUAGGUGAAAACAUAAAAUGAGUCAUUGGUGCCACAUAGACCACCUCCAUUUAUAAGUACUUCGUCUAAAGGGGGAGAAGUGUAUCCUCAAGCACCACCACCAUUCAUUGAUAGUUGGUCUAGUUACACAGGUACCAUAGGUGCUGUUCUAAUAAAAGAAAAAAACAAAAAAGACAGCCAAAGGAAAAGGACUUCUGUUGGGCAAAAAUUCACGAUUUAACAGAGUCCCUGUAAUGGGCGCAGUUUAGUAAAUAAAGCAUGGUCCAAUUAUGGUAUAAUUAGCUGGGUAAAGUGAAUGGGGAUAAAGCAGUUGAUGGGUGUGUUUUUUAGAGAUCAAAUAAGUGAUACAUAUAGCAUAGGAUACUAUGUUAUGAAUCUUAAUGACAGUGUGGGUGGUAGUACACAUUGGGUUGUUAUGAACAUCUAAAGGGAUAAUCGAAUACUUCGACAGUUUUGGUUCAAAAGAGGUUAUAAAGUUGUACAAUAUAUUAAAUCUCAAUGAUGUGUAUAACAGCACACAGUAUCAGGAUUUGGUCGGUGUCUUACGUGAUACCAACUAUUGUUUGUAUUACAUGAAUGACCACGGUAUGGAAAAGACAUAUUAAAAUGUCGUAAAGGUGUUUUCCCAUACAUAUUAUGCUUAUAAUGAAAAAUUCAUAAAACAGUAUUUUAUAUAAGCAUAUCUUAUAAUGGGUAUAUUUACUUGAAAUCAUAGCAAAAUAG